GUUUUACUGCUCUCCCUCUCUCACCUCUUCUCUCCUGUCUUUCUCUCUCAUCUGUCUGUCUUCUUCUGCACAUUUUCUCUCUUCUCUGUCUGUCUUCUUCUGCACGUUUUUUCUCUCAUCUGUCCCACUCUUUUCCUCUUCACAAGAAUUACUGUGUUUCUCUAUAUCUUUCUCUCUCUGUUUUCUCUCAUCUUUCUCUCUCUUUCUUCUGCAACAGAGGGAGCGUUGCAGGAGAAAGAGAGCAAUGGAGAAGGCGUUAACGAGAGUUAGCAGCAUGUGGAUCUCCAGAAAAGCUAAAGAGGAGUUCUCCUCCAUUGGAGAAGACAUCACUUCUCUCUCAAAUACUGUUGAAGAAAAAGCAAAAUGGAUCUUCAACAAGCUAAAAGGUAAGACACAGAAACUCCUGCCUGAUCUCCUCCGAGAAUAUGGCCUACCCCCAGGCCUCUUCCCAAAGAACAUCACAUGCUACGAAUUUGAUGAAACUAGAGGCAAACUCAUCGUAUACUUGCCAUCCAUUUGUGAGGCCAGCUUCAAGGAUUCAUCGGUUCUAAGAUACUCCAAUAGGGUCAAGGCAGCCCUAUCAAGAGGCAAGCUUUCGGGGAUCGAAGGUAUGAAAACAAAAGUUCUUGUUUGGGUCAGAGUGACGUCAGUAACAAUGGAGAGCUACAAAUCUGACAAGGUUUGCUUCAAUGCUGGUGUGAAGAAGAUGAGGCCCAAAGAUGCUUAUGAGACUCUAAAGGAAGCUAUCAGAGUUGAGGAAUUUUGAGGGUUCUAUGUGGUAUUCUUUGAGGUAUCUAGUGAUCAUCAUGCACGUGGCCAGACCUCCAUAUAGCAGAUGUACCUUUAUGUUUUUAGUUUUUCCUUGUUCAUUACUUCUUCUUUUUUUCUUUUUGUUUUGAGCUCUUCGCUCAGAGAGAGAAAGAAAGAGAGAGUUGUCCCUAGUCGAUGAGUCGACAGAAAGAAUUGUUCCCCAGUCAAUGUAUCAUGGGUGUGUGUACUUGUGUCUCCGAGUGUGUAUGUGUGUGAGAGAGAGAGAGAGCAGGAUUAUGUUUAAAGUUAUUUUGAAAUACUUAUAAAGCCUAAAAUUUUUGAAAUACUUAUUGCCCAUUCAAAUGGACAGACUUAGAUUGGAAUUUGGCAUUGGGAA